CAAUAAGACGGCAGAUGUCAGGCCUUCUGGCCAAUUGAUCAAGAGGUUUGCAGAAAAAGCUAUAAACCUGGAAGGAUGCCAUGAAGCUCUUCCCAACUUUCUCCUCUUCUCGUAUCGAGCCCUCUCCCAGCUACACGGCAGUGUCUCCUUCACAUUCGUUCUUGCAAAAUCGGCUACCGGCAGCAUACCAUCUACAAUCGUUUGAACAAGUUUCAAUCAGGAAACACUGACACCCCCAGUCACAAUGCGCCUUAUCACUCUUAUCUCGGCCGGCCUCUUCGCGCUCUUCAAUGUCGCUGCGUCGCAAGAUCUUUCUGGCCUGCCAUCUUGUGCUGUGAACUGCGCGGUAGGCGCCAUUGGUACGACCGGCUGUGCCCUCACCGAUUUCCACUGUAUCUGUUCCGCGACCACCUUCCUUAGUGGUGUAGAGACCUGCAUCCAGGGCGCCUGCAACGCUACUGAUCAACAAGCCACCAUACAAUUCGCCGAGAAGUUUUGCCUCAGUGGUAAUGUCACCAUCACUGUUCCAGCUGGUACUGCCACUACAAGCUCUGCCCCGAUGACCUCGGUCGCUGUGUCCACCACCGCGGUCGUGACAACGACAUCUAGCAGUACUGCGGCCCCUGCGGCGACAUAUACUGGCGCUGCUGCACAGAUUCGGAAACAAGAAUGGGCAGCAGGCCUGUUAGGUGUCCUUGGGCUUGGGGCUGCUGCUCUGUUCUAGAGUCUGCUUGACUGAAGAGUCGGCAAGGUGCUUGCUUGGUCUUGCAAUUGGAGUGGGCUUUGUCCGAGAAGUUGGGCUCAAUGGCGACGGCCAUUAUGAUCUGAAUUUGUACAUACAACAACA